GUUGUCUAGCUAGUCUGAAUGUUCAGCUAUACAAUAUAUGUAAGGCCUUACCACCUUGCCUAAAUCACUCCCUAGCCUCCUGCAGUACUGUUGCUUUGUUCCACUGUGUCGCAUUCUUACACUGCAUUUCUACCGGCUGUGGGGCACGGAUUUUCAACAGGAUCAGUUGCGUCCAUUUCUGUCUGCUUUCUGAUUGAUUGAGAUGAGAUCUACUAGGAAGGAAAAAUCUGCUUCAUCUGAGUAAUCCCAUAUAUACUGCUCUUCUUGAAGCACUCCUUGAUCGGUGAAUGUCAACACAUCAACCAGUAUUUCUGUUGUAGCAGUGCAGUCUGCGGUUCUCUCUUGAUGACUGGCUCAUAAUGUUCUGAAAUCUAUUCUAUACUCUGGCUUAUUCAAUCAGAUUCCUUUGGUCUUGAUUAAUCUCAGUUUAUUGAGAUCUUAAGCACAAGAUGGGACCGAGCAACCUGUUAACCUGUGCAAGAUGGUUGCUACUAUACUACUGAUCCUUGUUAUGUACCAUAUGUUAUUUUUGUGCUGAAUGAUCGCUCUGUAAGGCUGCAUUUUUUACAUUGAUCAAUUAUAUAUGGUGGAUUACCCCUUUUGAGUUUGUCGGAUGGCAACAAUAGUAGACACAUUGGUUGGAUCAUGCAUCAAUAAGUUGCAAGCGAUCAUUACAGACAAGACAAUACUCAUUUUAGGGGUAAAAGAUGAGCUUGAAGAACUGCAACGAAGAACAAACGUCAUAAGAUCUUCUCUUCAGGAUGCUGAGGCAAGGAGGAUGGAAGAUUCAGUAGUUGAAAAAUGGCUUGACCAGCUAAGAGAUGUUAUGUAUGAUGUUGAUGAUAUUAUUGAUUUGGCUAGAUUUAAAGGAAGUGUCCUACUGCCUGACUAUCCUAUGUCAUCGUCAAGGAAAGCAACUGCUUGCAGUGGCCUUUCACUUUCGUCCUGCUUUUCUAAUAUUCGUAUACGUCAUGAAGUUGCUGUAAAAAUUAGAAGCCUGAACAAAAAGAUCGAUAACAUUUCAAAGGAUGAGGUAUUUUUAAAACUCAACCGCAGACAUCAUAAUGGAAGUGGUUCAGCAUGGACACCAAUAGAAAGCUCCAGCCUAGUUGAACCCAACCUUGUGGGCAAGGAGGUCAUACGUGCUUGCAGAGAAGUGGUGGAUUUGGUGCUUGCACACAAGAAAAAGAAUGUUUACAAGCUUGCUAUUGUUGGAACAGGAGGAGUUGGUAAGACAACACUAGCUCAGAAAAUAUUCAAUGAUAAAAAAUUAGAAGGGAGAUUUGACCAUCAUGCAUGGGCUUGUGUUUCCAAGGAGUAUUCUAGGGAUUCUCUUUUGAGACAAGUUCUUCGUAAUAUGGGAAUUCGAUAUGAGCAAGAUGAAUCAGUUCCAGAGCUCCAAAGAAAGAUUAAAUCACACAUUGCAAAUAAAAGUUUUUUUCUGGUGUCGGAUGAUGUGUGGAACUCUGAAGCAUGGACAGAUUUACUAAGCACUCCACUUCAUGCAGCCGCCACAGGAGUAAUUCUAAUAACUACUCGAGAUGACACUAUUGCUAGAGUAAUUGGGGUGGACCACACUCAUAGGGUUGAUUUGAUGUCAGCCGAUGUAGGAUGGGAGUUACUUUGGAGGAGCAUGAACAUCAAAGAAGAGAAACAAGUGAAAAAUCUACGGGACACAGGUAUCGAGAUUGUCCGCAAAUGUGGUGGCCUACCUCUUGCAAUCAGGGCUAUUGCCAAAGUCUUAGCAAGCCUGCAAGAUCAAACAGAGAAUGAGUGGAGACAGAUAUUGGGGAAAAAUGCCUGGUCCAUGAGCAAACUUCCUGAUGAAUUAAAUGGUGCUUUAUAUCCCGGGAAACCAACACUUGACGAGCAUGUCAAUACCUAUUGAUGAGAGAUGUUGUAUGUACUGCUGUUUAAGCUAUAGAACCUAUUGAUGUUAUACAGAUCUGAGUGCAUUUUUUUUCUUUGAUAAUGUCAGGUGUGAGCUCAUGAA